AGCAAACAGGAAGCCUCAGGAAACUGCUGUUCAGACACACAGUAAAAGGAACAAGAUCCACUUGGUCAUGGAAAAGUAAACUGGAAAUGAGCCAAAACUGGAAAAUGGAAAUGGAGUGAUUGCACAUGGAACCCCGAUCACCUCAGCUGCAUCAUGGCUCAGAAAACCACAUCAAAUACAGUCCCCAGACUUGUUGUCAAGAUCGUAGGCAGCAAACAGGUCAAGCAGUUUAUUGAGGAGCCACGAGAAGAUACAGCAGACUCAGAGAAAGAAGAAACCCCUCCAGCUGAAGCUGUACUUGAAGAAGAUUUUGAGAAACCUCCAGAAAAACAAGAUGUGGUGUCUGACCGGCGGGCGCAGAACAGAGUGGACUCUGCACUUUGGGCUGUGAUCAAUCAGGUCCCCGACAGGCUGUGUGUGACAGCGCCCUCUGGUGAUCGCUCCAGGUCCUACAUCCACCCAAACACUCGCCACCAAAACUCUGAACCUAGAGCAGCUCCAGCACUGGAGACGACUGAACAGAAAGGUGUGUCUGAGGACAGAGAUAAGGCCGAGCUCUCCUCAGCUGUCAGGGAGGAGCUGUCUGAUUGGCAGCUCCCCUCUCUGAGAUCAGCGGAGGACGAAGCGGCAGCUCUCGAUCUCACUUUCAGUGGGACGCUGGAUCGAUCCGAGAUCACCCGCCUGUUUCUCAAACAUGACGUUCCUCUCAAAUUACCAACAUUUUCUCUGCUUCUCCAAAUGUUUUCUGAUAAAAAUGAUCCAAUCCAGAUUCAUUACAGAGAUCUCCUGCAGUUCGUAAGAAGUUCUGCAUUCCCUGAGGAACUCCACAAUGUCAGUGAGCUUCAGUGGAGCUGAACAAGGACAGCGCUUAUUCACGACCGUCGCAUCACCAAUCUGAACACGCAGCAAGAAACUGAGCCAAACUCAUCUGCUGCGCGGCUCAAAGGGCUAUAACUCAUUAUAAUGUGAUAGAUUGUGAAUGAGUGAGGCCGUUUGUCAACCUAUAUCAUAUAUACGAUUAUUACACUACAUUCAUUUGGCAUGCAUUUUGACUAUUUGACUAUUAUUUUUUGCCGGCGGUGGGCUGCUGCUGCUCAUCAGGAGGGAUUCAGUGUGAAG